AGGAACUCGAGAGCAAAACGAAGCUAGUGCGUUUUCCUACGUCGACGCUUCCAGAGCGACAGAGAAACGGGGACAUUCAGAAUGCUGUGUCCAGGUCUUCAACGUGGACCGCAUUAAUGAGUGGAUCAACUAAAUCUUACCCUUUUUAAUAAAGAUUAUACCCCGUUUUUGUUUUUUUCUCGCGCUGACGCCCUUUCACAGCACAUCUGCAACCGCUGCUGUUCGUCUUUCAGCACCUGGACAGCUCCCCGUUAUGCAGCUCUUCUCCUCAUUAUCAUCAUCAGGCACAUGGAGUCCCUGGUGUGAAUGUGGGGGAAGCCCUGCGAGCUCAUCAUGCUCCUCCGGAUGCGGUGAAACCCUCGUUGUCUCCGCUAAAGGAUGCUGCUUCCAGCGCAGAGGAGGUGUUCUCCAUCCUCUGAGAAGAAACGGUACGUGCGUGCAGUCGACGGAAAUUCAAGCCUGAUCGCUGCCUACACACAAGAAGAUCCGAACUUCAGUCUCAUCGAUCAUCAUCAUCAUAAUGAUAAUCGAUUAAAAAAGGAAUAUCACAGCUGUGUGGUGUUGAAGCAAGGACCAUGUAGAAAAUACAAAAGAGAUAUGGUCCUGACCAGAUCUCUUCAGUGGUGAAUUCACAUUUAGCUCUUGGUUUAAUUUAAAGAAGAGAAAUUUUCAGCAACAAGACCUUGACAUGAGCAACACCCAAGCCCUUCCCCAGGGUGGAGCCUCAGAUCUGGAGGUCAUCUCCCAGCAGGUGGAGGACGACAACCAGUGCAUGGCUCCAGUCCAGCUAGUCAACUUCACCUACAGAGACUUGCCUUUGGCCGCCCUGGACAUAUCUCUUGCUGGAUCUCAGCUCAUCUCCAACCCUGAUGAAGAGGAUAACAGAGAUGGGUCAAACUGGCUGAAGCCUUGCUGUGGACGGCGAGCUGCGCUGUGGCAGGUCUGCCUGCUGUCAGCAGGUUUCAACUGUUUCCUGGUAGCUUGUGUCAUCCUGGUGGUGCUGCUGCUGACAGUCGAGCUGCUCAUAGACACCAAGCUGUUGCAAUUUAAUAAUGCAUCGCAGUUUGCCAGCAUCAUCCACUGGAUCAGCCUGGCUAUCCUUUCUGUGUUCUUCACUGAGACGGUGUUCAGGAUUGUGGUGCUGGGGAUAUGGGAUUACAUUGAGAACAAAGUAGAGGUGUUUGAUGGAGCUGUCAUCGUACUCUCUCUGGCCCCCAUGGUGGCCUCCACAGUGGCCAACGGCCCCAGCAGCCCCUGGGAUGCCAUCGGCCUCAUUAUCUCAUUUCGCAUCUGGAGGGUCAAGAGAAUAAUUGACGCUUACGUUCUGCAAGUGAAGGUGGAAAUGGAGCUGGAAAUCCAGCAGUAUGAGAAGGCCAAGGCAGUACGAGAGGAGCAGCUGGAUCGUCUAACCCAGAUCUGCCAAGAACAAGCUUUUGAAAUCAGACAGCUGAGAGCCCAUCUUGCUCAGCAGGACCUGGACCUGGUAGCAGAGCGUGAAGCAGCCAUGCAGAUCCACCAUAUGUGGGGUAAACAAAGCAGCAGCUUCCAGGAGGUGGACGGAUUAGCUCCUGGAGUCUCUGAGCAUCACAGACCAGCCAAAGCAAGAGAGCCUCGGGGGGCUGCAGAUCUUCAUGGUCAGGAUGACAUGAAUAACUACAUCAGCCAGUACUACAGUGAGCCAAGCAGCGAUAUGGGGAUCCCAGACCCAGCCCGUGUCAUCACAACAGCAGCCAUAGAUGUGCAUCUGCCCAACAACCCCAGCCAGCUUCCCUCCACCUUGGUGAGUUGUGAUGCGGCGCCGUCCAGCCGACUGCAACGCACCAGCAGCUCUGUCAGCGAGGCGUCUAUGACCACCAUGUCCCGCAGCAGCUUCAGUGGCCGCCAGCACAGCAUCAGCAGCCAAACGCUGGGCUCCAGCAUGGACUGCAGCUCCACCGUGCGCGAGGCCUCCACCUCCACAGACUACAGUGACCAGCGCUGCUACCCGCCACCUUACAGCAGUCCUCUGGCCUUGGGCACUCAGCCACGAGGGAGUCCUAGCACUGUGGUGCAGGAGCUGCUCUACUCUCUCACUGAGGACUCCUGCCUCACUCAGAAGGGCUUGGACCCGGUCAACCUCAAACCCCCCAGUCCGACAGGUUCCACCAAAACCAGCCCUGAGCUGGAGCACAGAGUGAACAUCUAUAACAAGAGGAACCAAGAGAGCCGGCUCGGGAUCCUCAACAAACCUGUCAUCCACCUGCAGAGUAAUGAGCCUCUGCUUGAGGAGAAAUACAGGAUGAUGGGCCCAGUGGAGACUUCAGUCAACCGCCUGUCAGAGGCAUAGGGCCUCACAAAAUUAUUUUUCAAUCAGGACUUUUUGGAUCAGAAGCAAAAAAAAGGAAUGAACAAUCCUGAUGGAAGACGCUGGCCCAUGAACUACGCCUUUGUCUUUAUGUUG